AGCCUCACAGCAUCACCCCUAUGUGGCUUCGCUUUUGAUGCACCUCCCCCCCGGUGCGAAAAGCAUAAUUAAGUAGAGCAAUCACAACUGUAGCAUAACUUCUCUCGACCCCAUAAGACAAAAACGACCGCAAUUUUACUUUCAGACUCAAGAAACUCUUUUUUUUUACGCUUACGCCCCAAGACCGCUACUCCAGUAUUUUAUUUCUCCAACCUCUAUGUACAGUAACAAAAACAAUUUUUUUUCCUUUUUGAACUAACUUAAAAUAUACUUUUUCGAUUUCGUACGACACCAAGACACAAACUUUUUCGACAACUAUCGAGAACGUGCUGAAGUUCCAAAAACAAAAAGAAGCUUUUCAAAUGCACCAUCCACAGUAUAUCGCAGACGCCGCAGUCUUCUAGCAUUUUCAUUUUCUACUUUUUAACACCUACUAUUUUUUAUUCCUUUCACGAAGAAAUCACAUCAGUCGCAGAAGGCAAGAACUAGAACCAGCUUCAGAACUGCCACCGAGGACCAUGGCGCCCGGACGGAGAUUCAACCGGAACAAGAAUGUGGUGGCAGCCUACACAGCCGCUGAGCUUUUGGCCAAGCAGCUGGCCUCGCCAGGCCGCUCGGGAGGAGGCGCAGCUACCUCCGCUUCGGCGGCGAAGGUUCCGGUCAGGCCGGAAAAAGACCCGCUUACGAAAACACCGGGGGUGAUGGAUCCUGCGAACGUUUCGGACGGGGAUCAGCCCGGCUGUCGCGAGAUAUGCAUUGCAAAUAUGUCUGCGUAUGGAAGAGUGCGAGUUAGUCAUGCUAGGUCUGACCGCCACAAAAAGAAAAAUCUGCAUUGCAUGACCAACAAAAGUGCCCACUUUUGGUUACCAGGACGAGACAGCACUGCUCCUGCGGGUCAGGCAUUGAGGAUGAGGAGCCUUCUCAAAACUCGUGAUGCUAACGCCCGCAUUCCAGACCUUCUUGGUCAUGCGAACGCUGCAUGACAGACGUUGCAUCUUCCAGACCCAGACAUAUUUGCAUUGGAUACGAGACGGGCAAAGGUAACUGCGAACGACAGCAAACCGAAUCGGAAGACGACAAAACCGGGUCUGAAAAUGAACAGCAGCAACAAGCUGACCCGGCUUUCCCGGGGUGGCCAGUCGCGAGUGCCGUGGCCGGCUUUUUUCAGCGGACAGAGCACGAGCAGGGCAGGAGCAGCUCCGGUACAACAACUACUACAACGCAUCAGAAAAAGUACAACCUGCGUGGGACUGCGCGGAAGAGGGCCGCCGCGGCGGCAGCAGCUGCAGCUUCCGCAGAAGCCUCCCAUGUUGACACGCCCCUCGGGUGGUCAAAAGACAACGCGGUCGAUUCGGCUUCGCGCAAGGAGACCCACGGAAAACUAGGUAAGCGAUUUCGCUUAUGUUUUGAUGUAGCUAGGCUAAGGUCUCCGUCUCGGGGAGCUCCGUCCUGCUCAGAUCCGAAAAGUGGCGCUCUCGACCCGAUCUGCGCGAGACAACUGCAGUUUCCAGAUGUUGGCUAUCUAGUCGGCCCGCCGACGAGUCACGACCAUGGAGAUCCGGCCUCCACCUUUUUUGCAAUUUAAAAUGUGCAAUCGAGGAAUCUGUAAACGCGGAGGAGCGUUCAUUUUUUGGAGAUGUUAACAUUUUGGCAUGUCCCGGGGAAAAGGUGUCCGAUUUCUUCGCGCAAAAAAGCCGGCAAAUUUUGUUAAAUUUUGGGCCAAAUUUGCCGACCAAUGUUAGCAUUUGUCCAAAGUCCGGCAUUUCUGCACGAGAAUCUGGAGCGCACCCAAAAUGUAAACAUUUGCCCGAAAAUCUGACGUGUCGUGCGAGAUUCUGCGACUUGGCCCGAGGUCGUAUUUUUGGCCAAAAACUUGCUGGGCCAGCAAAGUCGCAGAAACUCGUGCGAAAAGUCCGAUUUUCGGGCAAAUAUUAACACUUUCCCAACCGUCCAGAUUCUCGCACAGAAAUGCCGGAUUUUGGCCAAGAGUUAACAUUGUCCAAAGUUAUGGGCUUACUUUGAUCAAAAAACGCAGCAUUUUUUGAGAGAGAUCGGAGAUGGGUUAAAGCCAGACCACCUUUUGGCCCAGUCUGCCGCAGCGUCAACAUAUGGGCUUCGGCAGCAGGAGCACGAUUAUAGCCUCGGAAAAGCGCAUUGCUUCGAAGCCUGUAGGCGGCUCAUGCCAGCCGCCACCUCAGCCGCCUUGUUUUGGGCGGGGGCUCGUUGGGCUGCUCCUUCGUGCUGGGCCGGAAGAUUUCCGCACCUUUAUUAUUUCCGCCACGCCGGAAGACCUUAGCAUUAGCCUAUUCAGCUCACAACAACGGGAAUAGCGAAUGAAUUUACCUAGUAGUCCGCGGGUUCUCUUUCGAGGGGCUACAAGAAUGCAUUACUUGGCCUAAGAAAUGGAAAAAAAAUACACAAAAACAUGCCAAGAAUCUUUGUGGUGAAAGUGUUAAUGAUAUACAUUAUUUUUUUUGAAUAUCAGAAGACGACGCGUUCGAUUCGGCUUCGCGCAAGAUGAAGAAGAACAACGCCACGACUGUGCCAGAGCCAGCAGUGAUGCCUGCACCAGUCCAGAACGCACCGAGCAAGUUGCAUUUGCCUGGCCACAACGAGACGGCUGCUGGUGCAGCAGCUGCAGUUGCGCUUGCGCCGGAGCAAAGUAAAGCGCUACAUUCGAGCCGCAACAGCACAAGUGUCGCGGAACCAACAGUUCCGGUUGUGUCCUCAUCUGCCCCACAGCUGCAUGAUGAGAAGCUGCACUCGGCAGAGCAUGAUCAGGGAAGGGACAGCUCCGGUACCUCGUCCACUAGCGCUGCUUCUACUACUACUGCGCAUCAGAAAAAGUACAACCUGCGCGGGGCUGCGCGGAUGAGGCGGGCCGCUGCGGCGCCAGCGGCUGGUGCUUCCGCAGACGCAGCAGGUCACGAUGCGCCCUCUGCGCCAGGGGAAGACGACAAGCUAGACUCGGCUUCGCGCAAGAACAGCGCCACGCCUGUGCUAAAACCAGCUGUAGUGAUGCCUGCACCGGCGCUGAGCGGGGCGGUGCAUUUGUCGGGCCGCAACAACAAGACGGCUGCUGCUGGUGCAACAACCACAUUUCUGCCCCCUCCGCCGGAGCAACGUGAAGCCCUACACGCGAGCCGCAACAGCACAAGUGUCGCGGCACCCAAAGUUUUGCCCGAAUCUUCAAAGAAGCCAGAGGAAGAUCAGCUCCAGUCGGGCCACAGCAACACAAGUGUCGCAGAGCCAACAAUUGUGUCGCACGCCUCACAAACGGUGCGUGAAGAGCUGGCGCAUUCGGCGGGCAACAGCAGCAGCACGACGGGUGCCGCUGCAGCACCGGCUGGAGUUGUCCUCUCUACGCCAGCAGAACAAGUUGACAAGUUGCAUUCGGGCCGAAACAGCACGACUAUUGCAGCGCCAGCAGUUGUGUCUGUGCCAGGAGUCGACAAGCUGCACUCGGGCGGCAACAGUACUACUUUCGCAGAGCCUGAGGCAUCACCAGUUUUGUUGACGCCAGAACAAGCAGACAAGCUGCUUUCGGGACGCCAAAGCAUGAAUGUCACAGCGCCAUUUUUUGUAUCUGAUGCGCAACAAAAGCCAGUUGCGAGCCACAAUAGGACUUCGGUUGCCCCACUGGUCUCAGUGGCGGAGAAGAAACAAACAACAUUAUCAGGCCACGAUAGCACACUCAAAGUCGCAGCUCCCGCUGCCUCGGCAGAGAGAGAGCUCCCGCCGCCUCCUCUGAUUCACAACCGCACGGUGCCGGUACCAGAUGCAGUCCGGCACAAACCGAAGCUGCGUUCGGACCCGACCGCAUUUCUGGAAGAUAAGUCGGAUCUUGUUGACGCCGAUGCGCACUUGCAACACGAGGCCCUGCAACGCAUCAAAUUUGGCAAACUAGAGACCGCUGCGACUGGAGGCCUCGCGUCCGGCGCCCCUGGGAAUAGAACGCAUCUCGCAAACGCGUCACCACAAGAAAACCCAACGUCGUAUCUAGAAGCGCACUUCGGACACUGGGGGCCGAAGAAAUUUUUCACUCGGAGCGGCAUCCCCGUACAACCCGGGGAGAAAAUAGUCGUCCACUUACGCAAACCAAACACCGUUGCCCAAGAAUACGGCUGGAAUAUGUUGGGGCAUUUAUUUGGGUGGCCAGAUUGGGUCCAGCCUUUUCAAACCAUCCGGAUCCGCGCGACGUAUAUCGAAGGAAACGAACAAACCGGCCAAAUUCAUUAUCGCGCUGAGGCUGGUGGUGAAACACAAAUGGCUCCUUAUGCGAACGUCGAAGCACCGAGAUUCACGUACAUACAUCUUCGAGACCACAUGAAAGCGCAGCUUGCGCGUGUUUUACAAGACAGCGACGCUUUCAAGCGCUUUGUCCACAACUACAACGGGGUUCGGAAAACAGACGAGGCUAAGAGAGCAGAGACGGCUUUAUGGGACCUGUUUUAUCGCCAGUUGCUCUUUGGAGAAAUCGCGUCGGAGAACAUCGGGACUGGUAAGCGCGAGAUUCGAAUACUGAAAGAGACAACAACACCAGCAACAGAUGAAUAUCAACACCUCGGGAUUCCGGCCGUACAGGGGUUUGAGCCGCGGGAUAACGGUGCGUCUUUCACUUACAAUCCUCGUAAGGUGGACGGCAAAGGAAGCUUUGGUCAAGUUUACAAGAGCUUCACAACAUCCUACACCGAAGGCUAUCAGAGGCAAUCAGUGGAACAGAGAGGACAUCAUACCGAUGAGUUUGACCAGGUAAUGAAGGUCGUCACGCCGAAACCAAAUGUACCCGGUGCAACAAUCAAAGAGAUUGCGUCGGAGAUCGUUGCAAACUUUUUGCUGACGCAUGGCACGGGUUACGCUAAAGAAACAAAAGAGUGCGUCUCCCGAUUCGUGCGCGUGAUGGUGAUCGAAGACACAACAACUGAAAGUGAGUCGCUCGGGGAGGCGGCGCAGAUUGUAACCUUCCUGGAAAAGGUGAGAAUGGGUGACGACGGAUACCCGCAGGAGUGGGAUCCGCCACUCUAUGUUUCACGCUUCCACCAGUGCCUUCGGAUAAUGGAAAAAGCCCAGGUUGUCAUGAAUGACUUGAAGCCGGCCAAUGUGGGUCGGGACAUUACAAAUAACAACCAUGUUCGGUUCCUCGACUUCGGACUGGCAACUAUACUCUCGGGCAAGAAAUACGGAGUCAAGUCAAGGACCGCUAUCUUGGGGACGCGGCCUACGCAAUAUAGAUUGAACGGUGUGGGAGCGGGGGGUUCGCCAGUGUUUAUGUCUCCUCUUCUUCGUCAGUACGUCCUUCUUGAAAGAGCCACAGGAGACCUGAGACUCAGGGACUAUGUUCAGGACUGGUACGGCCCGAAGGCGGACUGGUUCGCGGCAAGCCUCACGAUGUUGCUGGAGCUGAUCCCCAAGGCCCAAAAUGUUGACAGCGUGACUGAUGCAAACAACCACUUACACAGUCUUAUUUUUUGCUGGCGUCUGUGGCAGUGGCAGUGGCGGCAAUCAGAGGGGGUGUGGGCAGCAGUGCUAGUCGAUUGGCCACACGACGGUUACCAGUACAUGAGCCCGCAUCCGAGCCCGGAUCCUAAAAAAAGUCGAAGAAUGCAGCAAAAUGUGCAAAUUAUGCACAAUUCGCAAUUUGAGGUUUACCCGCGCCCGGCUAAGGCACGUUCCCCGCCCCCGGUUAAUCAACAUGACCCUAAAAUACGAACAUGGUGCCCGGUUUACGACUUCAUCACGGGGAAAGUUGCUGCGAAAGGUGUAGUUGAACAGUUUGUCAGUGGAGAGCUGAAAAAGUUAAAUCUCCACCAAAAUGAUUUGCAGGCGAUCGCACAGCACAUAACUCAAGCUGAGUUGCCGCAGAAUGAUCAGUCUUUAGAUUUUAUAAAAGUGUAGAUGUGCUGCCUUUCAACGCCGAGCGAGUCGGCGUACUAUCUCUACUUCACCGCUUAAGGUCUUACUUUGACGGAUACCAAAAUGUUCUGUAUUCGAGCUUAUGCCCAGGAGGAGAAUCAGAGAAGAAAGCCGUAUUUUCACCUAGAUUUCACGGUUAUGCUCUGGAGCAGCAGCAACAACGGAUUUAGCCACCUGCUCAUCCUCAUCCUGUCAUCGGUAUUCACGUCCACCCGAGUUCUGUAUGAAUGCAAAAGUACAAUAAACAUAGCAGUAGCGCCAGCAUUCGCACACACUUAUCUCCGGACUUACCGCGCAAAUUUUAUGUCCUAUCGUGGUAGCGCUAGCGUAGUACAACUUACCAAAUGGCCUAUAGCCUAGCACGCUGAAGACGCAAAGCGCCUGCAAGUUGUGCCUAUCGAGGUCGGGCCACUUGAUGUUAGUAGGCCUAUGUAGUCCCUGACUGAUUCAAUCGAUAAUGUCAGCACAGCCGACACUACGCACAAGAUGAAGCGCGAAACGAUUUUGAUGUCUGGCGCUGCAAUGCUACGCAACGUCAGCACCUAAGUGCGGUCUUUGAGCUGCAUGGCUCGGAUGCGGGCCAGUUUUUCGAGACUACCUUUUGUUUUUUUUGGCGUUUCUGGAUGAUUUUUCACCCUGUUUUUGUCGCAAGCUCGCCCGCACGCGCGCUGCUUUUCACCUAAAGAACUUUGUCUUGUGAGCACAUCUAUCCGUGAGUUUUUGCUUCAAUUCUUCGCCUACAACCUCCUUCGUUUUCUUUUCCUUCCCAUUUUCAAAGAAAGACAAAGAGCCCCCUUUUCAUUGUUUGUUUGUUGUGGAUGGUCUUGUGGAAUGUCCUGAAAGUUUUUUGUUUUCCUCUCACGUGGCUAGCGCUACUUCAACAAAUAAAAAUAAGACAAGCUGGGAGGUGAGCUGCAACUUUUGGCUUCAACCCUGAAGAAAAAACGCCUCGGCUGGAAAACUAAACGAGAGCUGCAGGCCUGCCUUGCAAAAAAGCAGAGCUAUCGUGCCGUAAAGUUUAAAAGAUACAGCUGUAAGUAAAACACUGUAAAGAGCUGCUCCUCUUGACGACGAGUUACAAGGAUGCUGAAGCUUACAAGUGUUUGAAAAUUCAAAAGCGACGCUGUGUUGAGGAGGAGCUGUUUUUUGUUUUUGUGUUUUUUGCUUUUAAUAAAUUUUUUGCGAAGUUUUUCUUUUUGUACUGCACUAGCAAGAAGCUCGCCGCCGGGCCUCUAUCUAAGCUUGGGGCCUAGGUUUCCUGUCCGACGUCCACUUUCCCCAAGAGGAGAUGGGUUAAGUGAUUGUUUCGUCGGGGGUUAGGGAUGCUUCCCAGCGCUUAGGGUUCUUGCAUCUUUUGGCUGCCGGGCGUGAGGGUGGUAGCGCGAAGUGGGCCCCAAUUGGACUUCCCUUCACUGCUAAAACGGACUGUGCUGCGUCGUCCGAGAUGCCUGGCUCUCAAUGCAAACCAAUGCAGACAAUUAACCUUCAGGAAAUUGAAGCGGUUACGAAGGCACUUUCUGGCUCACCUUGGCAGCUCAUCUAGUGCCGAAGAAGCUUGUGCUAAGUUGUAUUUUAUUUCAGCUUUUCCUUUUUUGCGCCUUUCUUGUGUUUGUGGUUUAAGAUUUUUCUUCUUCCACUUCUCAUGCUUUUGUUUUUUCUGGUUUUCUUAUUCUUUUACAGCAUUUCGAUUUCUGUCAAUUGAGCAUCGGCGUUUACAGGAUUUUCUUCUUUUCAUAAUCCAAUUUUGUCUACAGAAGAUUUUAUUUCGACCUCCAAUUUUAUGUUUAUUCCCGCAGAUUAUUUUAUCUAAGGAAGCCUGUAUGUGAGUGUAUCCCUAUCCCAUUAAGCCUAGGCUUUUUUUAUCAUGGAGCAAGCCCUAAAAUAUUUACGAGAGUUACUAUUUUCACACUGUUUUGCAUGUUAUUUCAUACGGAGACGGAGGAAUAUCAUCGGCAUUGACGUGCGCCCGGUUAUUUCUGUUUGAGUGCAAAAGUGCAGCCAUGGCAUCGGCAUUCGUGCACGCUUAUGCUUCGGAUUUAUAAUCGCGCUACUUCUACGCCUUAUCGUAGUAGCGUCGUACUGACCAAGUACUAGGCUAUAGCAUAGCAUGCCGACGCGACUGCAAACACGACGAGAGACGACACAGAAGAAAGGAGAAAGAAGACCGAUGGCGGAUUUUUGAUUGCGCACCGACAGGCUUGCUUGUGAACCCAAUAUACGCGCAGCGCUGGAAUUCGCAGCGGGCCAAAACCCAUUUCGUUGAGCAGGAUCGUAACCUCAUGGAAUUUCCCAAAAUUGUUGCUCAUCACACUCAUAAGAAACUUCGCGCAUGCCUUUACAACUUCUAUGGAGAACACAGAAACAAAGAUCAUCGGUCCCCGCGCUCGGAGCGCGCAAAGACAAGCCGUUGCUUCGGUUCAAGAGAUAAACAAAAGCAAUUUUAC